AUGCUGGGAACCUGCCUCAGACUGCUGGCGGGUGCUCUGUGCAGUGUCUGCAGCCUGGGCACUGUUAGAGCCUACCCCGACUCCUCCCCACUGCUUAGCUCCAACUGGGGAAGCCUGACCCACCUGUACACGGCCACAGCCAGGAACAGCUACCACCUACAGAUCCAUAAGGAUGGCCACAUAGAUGGCACACCCCAUCAGACCAUCUACAGUGCCCUGAUGAUUAGGUCAGAGGAGGCUGGCUUUGUGGUCAUCACAGGGGCCAUGACUAGCAGGUUCCUGUGUAUGGAUCUCAGAGGCAACAUUUUUGGAUCGCGUCACUUCAGCCAGGAGAACUGCAGGUUCCGCCAGUGGACGCUGGAGAACGGCUACGACGUCUACCUGUCGCCCCAGCAUCACUACCUGGUGAGCCUGGGCCGUGCCAAGCGCAUCUUCCAGCCCGGCACCAACCCGCCUCCCUUCUCGCAGUUCCUGGCGCGCAGGAACGAGGUCCCGCUGCUGCGCUUCUACACCGCGCGGCCGCGGCGCCACACGCGCAGCGCCUGGGAUGUGCCCGAGAGCGACCCGCUGCGCUUGCUCAAGCCGCGCGCCACGCGCAAGCCCGUGUCCUGCUCGCGCGAGCUGCCGAGCGCCGAGGAUUACGACCUCGAGGCCAGCGACCCGCUGGGCAUCCUGCUCCGGAGGGACCGCGGAGUCCCUCCCAGAGGCGCGGGCCGGUGCCGUCCCUUUCCCAGGUUCGGCUAG